UCUUCUUCUAUAUAUAUAUAUAUAUAUAGAGUGAGAGAGAGAGAGAGAGAGAGAGAGAGAGACCGCAGUUUAGAACUUCUCCACAGAAAUUCCUCUCAAAUAUCUUCUUUACACGUUUUGCUUUAGCUUUACAAGAAACGUCUGGCCAUUAUGCCCAACCAAGUUAUGUUCUUUAGCAAUCUCAGCUCUUGCUUAACGGAGCACUGGGGUGAUUUGCCCUUAAAAGUUGACGACUCCGAGGACAUGAUCAUCUACAACUCCCUCCGUGAUGCCGUUAAUUCUGGAUGGUCUCCGUUAGAUGUUACUGCAACCACGACAACGGUAAAAGCUGAGCCCAGAGAAGAGCUCGAGCUUGAGCGGGAGCCAGCGGCUUCGAAUUGCAUAAGCGAAAGUAUUAAUAAAAAGGAAAAGAUUGUUAAGGGGAGACAUUACAGAGGGGUGAGGCAGAGACCGUGGGGGAAAUUCGCGGCGGAGAUAAGAGACCCGGCAAAGAAUGGCGCCAGACUAUGGCUUGGAACGUAUGAAACGGCUGAGGAAGCGGCUUUGGCUUAUGAUCGAGCCGCUUAUAGGAUUCGUGGGUCAAGGGCUUUGUUGAAUUUUCCUCACCGGGUUGGUAUUAAUGAGCCGGAGCCGGUGAGAGUGACGGCCAAGCGUUCGGGUAAGAAGAGGAAAGGUUUGACGGCUAAUGAAGCCGGACUCACUGUGUUUCAGAUUGGCCUACUGGCGAGUGGCGAGCAAUUGUUGGUCACUUAAUGCUGAGCUGGAAUAGGGUUUUGUUAAUUAACUGUGUAAAUUGAAAAGGUGUACACUGUAAUUGUCGGCAAAGUGUGAAUGUACUACUAUUUUUAUGGAUAAAAAUUAAAAGAGCUUGUUUUUGAUAAAAUAUUAGCAAAUGAAAUUGGCCAUAACCACCCUU